UCGGCCUCCCUAAGUGCUGGGAUUACAGGCGUGAGCCACCGCGCCAGGCCCUACACCACUUUUAAAAGUCGUGUUUCUUCUCUUUUUUAUACUGUUGUACUUUUGAUUUCUAGGGAAUGAUUCGCAAACUCACCCCUGACGCCAUGUCCCUUGGCCACUAUGCUUCUAUAUACAAAAAGUGCCAUUAACGAGUGGGUAGAACUCGAGGGGUGGAGCCUCCGUCCUUGGGCCUGAAGCGAAUGUCCCUCAAUGCGCCUGCGAGACUCCCACGCCCUGGGAAGGAUGCCUAUCGAUUCGCUCUGGGCUCGGCAGCUCUUUCUGAUAGCAGGCGGCCAUCUUGCCUGGAGCCUGAGAAAGGGAGGACAGAAGGAACCGGCGACAGUGGUCUCAGGGCCGCUCCGGGGGGCCUCAAGAACCGGAGGCAGCCCCGGAGGCUCCCGCGGGCGGACACGCCAGAGGAGGAGGCCGGGGAAUGGCCGCGGUGUGGCAGCAAGUCUUAGCAGUGGACGCGAGGUGAGGCGUGGGGUCGAAGCCCAUGGGAGCAGAACUUACUGUGGUGCAUGCGCAAUGGCGAUAAGUGAGGCUGGGCGGCGAACUUGCCUUAAUGCGGCUGCGUGGGCUUGCCGGAGGUACAACGCGUACCGCACACCAACGUUUCCACAGUUUCGGACGCAGUAUAUCCGCCGGCGCAGCCAGCUGCUGCGGGAGAAUGCCAAGGCUGGGCACCCCCCAGCGCUGCGUCGGCAGUACCUGAGGCUUCGGGGGCAGCUGCUGGGCCAGCGCUACGGACCCCUCUCCGAGCCAGGCAGUGCUCGUGCCUAUAGCAACAGCAUCGUCCGCAGUAGCCGCACUACCCUUGACCGCAUGGAGGACUUUGAGGAUGAUCCUCGGGCCCUGGGGGCCCGUGGGCACCGUCGUUCUGUCAGCCGAGGCUCCUACCAGCUGCAGGCGCAGAUGAACCGUGCUGUCUAUGAGGACAGGCCCCCUGGCAGCGUGGUGCCCACGUCAGCGGCAGAGGCAAGUCGGGCCAUGGCCGGGGACACAUCACUGAGCGAGAACUAUGCCUUUGCGGGCAUGUACCAUGUUUUUGACCAGCACGUGGAUGAGGCAGUCCCAAGGGUGCGCUUCGCGAAUGAUGACCGGCACCGCCUGGCCUGCUGCUCACUCGACGGCAGCAUCUCCCUGUGCCAGCUGGUGCCCGCCCCACCCACAGUGCUUCGUGUGCUACGGGGCCACACCCGUGGUGUCUCUGACUUCGCCUGGUCCCUCUCCAAUGACAUCCUCGUGUCCACCUCACUGGAUGCCACCAUGCGCAUCUGGGCCUCUGAGGAUGGCCGCUGCAUCCGGGAGAUCCCUGACCCCGAUGGCGCUGAACUGCUCUGCUGCACCUUCCAGCCUGUCAACAACAACCUCACCGUGGUGGGGAACGCCAAGCACAACGUGCAUGUCAUGAACAUCUCCACGGGCAAGAAAGUGAAGGGGGGCUCCAGCAAGCUGACGGGCCGUGUCCUUGCUCUGUCCUUUGAUGCCCCUGGCCGGCUGCUCUGGGCGGGUGAUGACCGUGGCAGUGUCUUCUCUUUCCUCUUCGACAUGGCCACGGGGAAGCUGACCAAAGCCAAGCGUCUGGUGGUGCAUGAGGGGAGCCCUGUGACCAGCAUCUCAGCCCGGUCCUGGGUCAGCCGCGAGGCCCGGGAUCCCUCACUGCUCAUCAAUGCUUGCCUCAACAAGCUGCUGCUCUACAGGUGGGUCCCCCAUCAGGGCCUCCUGGAGAUGGAGGGCCUGCCUCCUCCAGCACACUGGGACAGUAGCUCAUCUCCUCCAUCAGGUUAAUUUAAUUGAGGGAGCAGUAGUAGCAGUUAACAGUAAUAGCAAUAGUGAGCACGUUUACAGCAAUCACUGCGGCCAGGCCCUGUUCGAAGCAGUUUCCACGUAUCACCAUAUCGAAUCCUUGCACCGAUCUGUGAGGUAGGUGCUGUUAUUAUUUCCAUUUUGCAGGCGAGCAAACUAAAGCAUAAAAUAGAUUAGGGUUACCUAAAGCAGAGGCCUGUUUUCCUUCCUUUUUUCUUUUAUUGUUUUUGUUUUUAUUUUUGCGGGGGGCAAUGUGGGGGUUACUGUCCCCACUCACAUCUGUCAUGUUGCCCAAAUGCAGUUCUCAGCCUGGGCCACACAUUGAAAUGACCUGAAGAGCUUCAAAAACUCUUACCCGGGCCCCUCUGCAGGCCAGUAAUUUCAGAAGCUUUGGGAUGGGCCUGGGCAUUGGUAGAUUGAGAAAUUCCCUAAGCGAUAUCUAGCCAGGCCUGAAAACCACUGCCUAACAGGAUGCUUUUUAUUCUACCCCUUUAUUUCUCUCCUCCUUUUUAAACAAUUUCUAUAUAUACUUAAAUUUUUUAAAAUGUAAGUGUACCCUUAAGUUUGUACCCAUUUCCCACAGCCUCUCCUUUCUUCCUCCUGCCACCUCUGGCCUCCUUCUGCCACAGUAAAGCCCAU